CUCACAAGUAAACAUCAUACGAAAAUGUAUCCAAUACAAGCUUUACUUUCCUUUUCAUCAAUUAAAAUUACACCUACAGAUAUAGGUUCUGAUAUUGAAGAAGAUUAUGCCUCGACCGAUGUUAGCGGAAGUUUGCUGCGCCCACAGCUGCUGCUGCUGGACUACAAGCAGUUUAUAGCAGCUCGCAAUAUACAGCGAACAUUUCGCGGCUGGCAAGCGCGCAAUUUAUUGCAAGUCAUGCAUAAAGCAGCGAUCGUCAUACAAAAAUGGUGGCGAGGAUUCGCAAUGCGUCGCUAUACCAUUCUCAUGGUACAGCAGCGCACACAGGAUAAUGUUUUGCUGCUGUUUUACAAUAGUUCGAUGAAAAUACAAGCCUUGUUCCGUGGCUGGUGGUCACGCAAACAUGUGAACAACAUGAUUUACCUAAAGACCAUACAACUGAACUACACUGAGGAUCUGUUGAAAUGCGUUGCUGUCAAGUUGCAUAGCGUGCUGCGCAAAGGCGAACUGCCUGGCAUCUAUAACAUGCGCGACAAUUACUGCUUGAAGCAAGUCGAGUGCCUGCUCUCGACCAUGAGCUAUCGUUUCUAUAAUCGCUAUGUGGGCAACAAGUGGCAAUCAAGGCGUGCUGCACUGCAAUUUCAACGCAGUCAGUUUAGUAAAUCGGACUUUUACACUAAUGUGCCAUAUGCGGGCUUCAAUAUAAUGGGCUCGUGCGCACCCCAAAAGCAUUGGGAGCACGAUCCGAAGGAGUACAAUCGCCAUGAGUUCGAUGUUAUGCAAGAGUUCUUAAAAACCGAACGCAUUUGUCCAGCUCAGAAGCCGACAUCCAAUGCUGAGCUAUUGCAGCGCAAUUCACUUAAAGCAGCUUGCAAGCAGCAAAGCGACUUUUGCAAGCAAAUGCUGACUGCACUACAGAAGUGCAGCAUUUACGACAAGAUCAAGCCCGAAGCCGAUCCAACAGUCAAUCUUCAGGAAUAUCUUGUGGAGCUGCGCAACAAUCUCGAGUACUUUGAGUAUACCAGAAACUGCGCUUGUCUUAUUAAGUUUGAUUUUCUCAUAUGCACGUAAAGUCCACACACAGCGCAGAGAGAGAGAGAGAGCGAGAACAUGAAUU